AUGGUCAGAAGAGACCCCAGUUCGCCUUUGACACCAGAGCUCGAUGUCUUGGUGCAACAGCAAAUGGACAAAUGGAAAGUCCCCGGACUGACCAUGGCCAUAGUUCACGGCUCCAGCACCUGGUCAAAGGCAUAUGGAAUAGCUGAAUUCCCGGAUCGGAAAAUGACACCGCAGACUUUGUUCUCGACUUGUAGCACCACCAAGGCUUUUGCCGCCGCCGCCGUUUCUCUGGCGAUCGAUGAUAGCAAGAACACCGAGUCCCCUCUUCGCUGGGAUACAACCCUGGCGUCUAUCAUCCGGGAUGACUUUGUGCUAGAGAACGACUAUAGCACAAAUCAUACCACCAUAGAAGAUGCCCUAUCACAUCGGUCAGGACUAUCGACUUUCGACGCCUGCCUUGUCCUGGCACAUCCAGAUCGAUCUCUGCGCGAGGCAGUCCGAAGAUUGAGACACUUGCCUAUGAAAUACUCCCCGCGCAGCACCUUUUCCUAUAAUAACCACAUGUACAUGACCAUAUCGCAUGCCCUGGAACAGAUUGAAGGCCGACCUUUCGGCGACAUUAUCAAAUCACGCAUUCUGGAGCCCUUGGAUAUGAACGACACUUAUUUCUCCGUCCAAGAUGUCGCCAAAGAUCCAACCCUCAAUUCGAGACUCGCCCGGGGUUAUACCUGGGAUGUAGGAUCCCACACGUACAUCGCAGAAGCAUACAUGAACGACGUUGCCGUGACAGGCGCCGGGGCAAUGGUCAGCAAUGUCCUGGAGUACACAAAAUGGCUCCGAACAAUGAUCUACCAGAAAAGACCCAUCUCCCCCGAGGGCCAUGCAGCACUUCUCCAACCGCGAACAGUGGUCACUGACAUGAGCGACCUCGUCGCGCCACCAGCACCACACCAACUCUACGCCCUCGGCUGGUUCAUACACAGUUACCGCGGCGAACCACUAUACUGGCACAGCGGCAGCUGGGCUGGAUUUGGCAUCAUGGUCGGCUUCCUCCCGAGUAAAGCCUUCGGCUUCGCCAUGAUGAGUAACACACAGAAUGGGCGACAGGCAGAGGUGGAGAUAUUCCUACACCUCCUCGACUCGAUCUCGGACGGACCAGCGACUUCAAUUCCACGGACAUUGGGACCAGGCACUGUAACGGAAUCACGAAGCACGGUCAAAGCCAACCUCAUGCCGGAGACCAUGGGAAAAGCGAUGCAACGCCUUUAUCCAUGUCUGCCUGAUCCACCGAUCCCCCACUCCCUACCGUUAUCCCAGUAUGCGGGACGAUACGAGCAUCCCGCGUUUGGAUUCAUCACUAUUGACUUCGAGAAGGGGUACCUGAGUGCGAAUCUGCUAGAUCGUGUUACAGCAGGAGUCAUAUCCUUUGGUCAUGCCAGUGGGGAGUUCUUCGUUGGCUAUUUCUUCCAGCCCAAAUCUAUUGGCAUGUUUAGUGGAUAUUACAAGGCAGAGUUUAGCAUUGAUUCUUCCGGGAUUCCGAGCGCCAUGGGUCUGGAUUUAGAGCCGGCUCUGGGUGAGGAGAAGAUUUGGUUUCGACGGAAGUGA